AAACAAAAAAAAACCGUGCGCUUAUCUUGCUUUCGGACGCAGAAAAAAAAAAAUGCGCGGCGCGUUUUCAAAUCAAGCGGUCAAGGUGACAGUAAGGGACCGGAUGAGGACUAGAUUUGCAGAGGUGUGGAGUGUGUGGAUGCCACAGUGAUCCACUAGACUGACGUCUCUCCGGCAGCGCACACGCGAACACCGCAGCCCCGGUUAUUCCACAGACUUCAGCGCAGCCAAGCAGUCGACAGUGUCUCCUGCAGAGAAGACGGAGAGAAGAGGGGAAUAAUAAAAAAAAAAAAACAACGGGAACUUCGGCAGCGACAAAGCUGUAGUCUUCUUCUUUUUUUUUUUCUUCUUCUUCUUUUUUUUUUAUUUUUCGUUUUUCUCGCUGUGCAGCAUGUUACACCCUCGGCAAUCUCCGUUUCAACACACUCGCCCAGCAACUGUUUGAUUUUUUGCUGGUGCGUUAGGGCUCUUCUCUUUUUUUGUGCGUGUGGACGGAUUCGUCUUUUCGGCUGAUGUAAAAGAAAAAAAAACAAAAAUACAAAUCGACCCCUCUUACAUUGGAAUGAUGUGGACCUCUCACGAUACUGUUGGAUUUGUUUUCUUAGCCGGAUUUUGCGUGCAAUUGGGAUUCUCCUUCGAAGGUCGCUUCACGGAUCUGCCCUCCAACAUGACGGUUAAAGAGGGACAAAACAUAGAAAUGGCGUGCGCGUUCCAGAGCGGAACCGCGUCCGUGUACUUGGAGAUCCAGUGGUGGUUCGUGAAAGCGCCGGAACCCACUGACAGCGAGGAGGACGUCGAUCCCGAAGAGAUGGAGAUGAUACCAGAGCCUGAUCCUGACGACGAGGGGACAAAAAUAAGUACUGUGAAGGUCCAGGGCAACGACAUCUCACACAAGCUGCAGAUCUCCAGAGUCGGCAAGAAUGACGAAGGACUGUACGAGUGCCGGGUGACACGAGCCAACUACGGAGAGAUUGUAGAGUACAAAGCCCAAGCCUGGUUGAAGGUCAACGCCACGGCAAGGCCACGAAGACCACUGCCGCCCCCGAAGAAAAGCUCCCCGCUGCACCUGACAGACAAGAAGCCUAGAAAGUCCAGCUCAUCCCUUGGCCAGGAUAACAUGAGUUCAGACCAGAGGUUGGCCUCCACCUCCACCUCUCACACAUCCUCAGACACAGCUAAACACAACCCCGGCUCAGGUACAAGAAUAUCCUCCAGCUAUGGACUGGCUGUCCUCCUUCUGGCGUGCGCUUUGGUGAGGGAUGCCUUGUUAUAAUUUGAAGAACUGAUAUGGUUUGCGCCCCCAUCUCGCUCUCUCCGUUCGCGCUCAAAGCCAACGGGAAAAUUGCCUGAUUUUAUUUACUCCCCUCCCACCCCUUUCCCUCACCAUGCGGACUGCACAGUUACCCAGCACAUUGUUAUUAGCCACUGUAAACACCAGUCACCUUUAAACCAGUUGGAUUACCUUUUGUACAGCUGUCGACACCAUCCGAGGUGCAACACUCCGGUGUGAAAAAAACGGACUCUGUAUCUCGUUGGAUAACCCUCAUGGAAGAACGACUUUCUUAUGUUUUUUGCUGUUCCUCUUCAUGUGUUCAUUGCUCAAAAGUGAACAAGAAAAAAAACAGAGAAUCUACAUUUGUGUAAUAUAUAUGAUUCUAAAUAUAUAUAUCUGUUUUAUUUGAAACACCUAGAAUUGCUGUAUGUGCUGUAUACAUAGCGCUCCAUAUUGGCCAUGGAACUUCAUUGUGAAGAGGCUCUCUGGCCCUCUCAAAGAAGCAAGAGAAAGUCAAGUACACGUUAAUUUAGACUGUUAACAUCAACCAUCAGGGUUAAAAAAAGGCUACAUUUCUCAUUUUCCUUCCGCAGUAUUAGCCAUCCAAAUUAUCUGAUGUGCAUAAUUUUACAUCUUGUUAGUGAUACAUAUACAGGUGUGCAUGCUUAUUAGUCUGAAGGCUUAAAAGAAGGGAGCAAACGUUACUUGAGCUACGUAAAGUCGACACUUUGAGUUCAGUGUUAAAGUAUGUCGGAGGUAGCUUUAUUUUUGAUGUGCUAGCUUUGGUGUGAAAAAAAAAAGUGUCAUUUUAAUUUGUAUUGCAUCCUCAGUAGGAAUAAAAAAAAGGAUGUGACAAUAUAUGAUUCAUUCAAAACCCUGGUAUGUGACAAUUGGAUGAUUAAUUUUAAUUGACCUGCACCGUUUUUAAAUGGCAUGCUUCAGUUGCUGUGCACCUCCCUGCUCUGUCUCAUUACAAAGAGGUAAAUGAGUAUUCACCCGCUCUGGAUCGUGACUAUUGCUCGUUUUAUAUCAUGUUGAUGCUGGCAUACACAAGCAAACACACACACACACACACACACACACAAACACACACACACGCACACACACACACACACACACACACACACACAAAAUUGCACAUUUGCAGAUAGACGUUUGAAUGGCUGGAAGGUGAGAUGAGCCCGCAGUGCAACAUUUGCUUAUCUGUCAUCAGCAUUGUAUAUGACCCAUGGUUGGGAGAAAUAAGUUAGUUUUGUUGAAAUCUUCUCUCUGAGAUCUCACAGUAAUAUAUUUUUAGUUUUGUUUUCAGAUGAUAUAUUGUAGAGAUUUUUAUCCACACAGAGCAUUUAUAAGCAAAACGCUUUGACAAUCCGACACAGACACAGACAAAGGUGUUUUUGGUUUCGUAGGGCAACAAUUUUAGAUCAUUACCAUGACAUGGUUUAACCUGGAAAAAAUUAAAAAAAAUAAUAAAUGGGAUUCUGUUGUUGUUGUUAACUUUUGAGCUGAAAAGGAAAAUGUGCACCAUCCAUCAGAAAUGCAGAUGUUCCGACUCAACCUGAAAUAUUUAUGAAUAAUAGAGUAGUUGAUUUGUGUCUCAAGAAUCAUCCUGUACAUGAAUAUCAUCCACCAUGACUAUCAUGCAGCCACAGUGCAGCGAUUGCCCUGCAAUUAGAUCAACAUUUUUUAUAUUUGGUAGACAUUUGCCUCUAAGCACUUUCUGUUUUUUUGCUCAGUUGAUGCCCAGAAUUCAAAUCUACUUAAAGGUCCCAUAUUCCACUCAUUUCAGGAUCAUGCCUUUAUUCUGGGUGUCUACUAGAAAACCUUUAUAUGCUUUAGUGUUCAGAAAUACUUUUUUUUUUUUUUUUCCCCAUUGCUCAUUAUUGCAGCACCUCUAUUCACCCUCUGUGUGAACGCUCCAUUUGAGUGACUGUCUCCUUAAGCCCCUCCCCUCCCGAAAUGUCCAAUUUGUUCUGAUUGGUCACCUCUCACAUGCCUGAACAGGCACCGCCCUCCAUGUUUUCCGUCCCAUCUCUGCCGGUGUUUUAACAACAGCAGCCGUACGUGGGGGCGUACCUGAGGGCGGCGGUGACGGCUGCUCUGUUGUGACAUCACAACCUUAGCUUGUUUGAAGGCACAGUUUCUGAACACUGGCCGUGUCAGUUUUUCUGUGAGCUGAGCAAUUUGAUACUUUCACAGUAUUUAUAGCACCUACACCUGCUUUAUACGCCAAAAAAAACACAUGGAAAUCUAAAUAUGGGACCUUUAAGCUAACAUGAAGCAUGAUUAUGUAGUUCCUCAUGUGCUGUAUGGUAUAAUCUAACAUUCAUACAUAACGUACAGGUGUAAUUGCCAACGAUAACUGUGCUGUGUUUUUUCUCAAAAGUGAAACGCUCACCUUCCUUCAAGCUUUUAUUCCGCUUUGCAGACAAAGCAAAAAUGCCCCCUUGUAUAGUCGUACUGCAUUCCCAAAGAACUGUGGAGGGAAACUUGUUGAUUCAGCACCGAAGUUUAAAAGCUGACAGAGCGUGUCAUGCGUUGGGAUCAGACCAGAGACAUCUCGCGAUCGGCAGCUUCGAGCCCGGGUAUAAGGAUGCGUGGGAGACAGAGGGCAGUCCUGUCCGAUCCCUCGAGUUCCAAAUAGCUUCAGGAUGUAUUCGGACAGUUAACCUAGCAUCACCUUCUAAUAUAUUUCACUCUGCUGUGACUGGGAAUCAAUUGCUGUGUUUUUGAAUUGAGACAUGUUAUAUAAUAUGGUUCAGAAUGUUUAGUUUUCCGAAAAUAAAAAAAAAAAAAGUACAGCUUAUUUUAAUGUAUGGAGAAUGGGAUUUGGGUGUGGAUACUGUUGGAAAUGUGCCGCGGCACUUCGGAGAGAGUGUGCACAGUCUUGAGCGGACAGUUUGUCCAACCCUCAUGUAAAAAGUUAAAGAUCUGUACAACUUGUAAAUGAAAAUACUCAGCAUGUUAACAUUUUUUUUAAAAAAUCCAUUUAAAAAGGCAGAGGCCAGUGAUGUUCUGUACUUGUAACAAUGGUGUCAUGUACUCAUAUUCAAGUGUUAACAAGUCCAAAGUGGGUUUUCAUCUCUUCAAAAUGAACUUGGAUAAAAAUGUAUUUGACAAAAAAAAAAUAUAUAUAUAUAUCUAUAUAUUAGAAACAUCUCCUUUAUAAAGCUUUCACCUUAAUAUAGGGGACUCGCUUGAUUGUGGGUCCUUGCAACACAUUGAAUAACAAAGAAGGAGAGAUUGGAGCGAUGACUGAUUAGAAACUGUGAUCGGAGUGUUGAAAAAUGAUGCUUGUUUGGGUCGUGAUGGAGGCUGAGUCGCUCCCCAAGCGACGAGGCCUCCGUUACCAAAGAAGAGAACAGUUCACGAUGACGGCUGGAGCAGCGGUUCCUUCAUCCAGGGAUGCUAUUUCAGAAACAUCACACAACCAUUUUUUCUGUUCUGUUUUAUAUGCCACGCUACUCAUUCACUCUAGAUGUAUUUGUUUAUUCUAAUGUAUUUCAUUUCGAUGCGGUCCUGUCUGUUUGUUGAGCUGUCAAAAAUUCUGAUGAAUUAUAGUUCUCUUUUCUUUGGUAUUGUGUGAGGCUUCUGUACUGGAACAUUGCAACAGUUUGUAUUAUAAUGACGAUAUCAGAAUAAUAUUUAAAUAAACCAUUUUCACAGA